CAACGGGGCAGUUUUGGAUUGUCAGCAAUGGAAAUUCUGGUGCUUUUUACAUUUAUUGGUGCUGUGUUUACAUUUGAUUCCCCACAAGUUACAAUUAGUCAAGGAUCUUUGGUAGGAACUACAUUUACGACUAGGGGAGGCAGAGAAAUCUUUGGUUUCUUGGGCAUCCCUUAUGCAGCUCCCCCAACUGGCCAUCUCAGAUUUCAGAGUCCUCAAGAUCCGCCAACAUGGCCUGGUCUCAGAGACGCGUCUCGCCCAGGAAGCGCCUGCAUCCAACAGUUUGUGCUGAUAGAGAAACUACGCAACAUUGUCAUUGGCUUGGAAGAUUGUCUCUUCCUCAACGUUUACACUCCUCAAGUGGCAGAGAAGUUGCCAGUGAUGUUCUACAUCCAUGGUGGAGGAUAUGCAGGAGGUUCUGGUGAUCCUUCAGAGUAUGGUCCUGAGCUACUACUAGACCAGGAUGUGGUCUUAGUCACCAUCAACUACAGACUAGGACCUCUCGGAUUUCUAUCCACUGGAGAUUCAGUGUUACCAGGAAACCUUGGACUUAAGGAUCAGCUGAGUGCUCUUAAAUGGGUACAAAAAAACAUCCACCACUUUGGAGGUGACAAAGAUUCUGUGACAAUCUUCGGAGAGAGUGCUGGAGGAGCGAGUGUUCAUUUCCACAUGCUUUCGCCUAAAAGUCAAGGGUUGUUCCACAAAGCAAUUUCACAGAGUGGCACAGCUCUCUGUCCCUGGGCAAUCUCUACCGCAGCAAGACAUAGAGAGUUAGCUGCACAGUUGGCACAACUUACAGGAUGUUCUUUCACCUCUUCACAAGAACUAGUGGACUGUCUGCGCGCUCUACCUGCUCAAGAUAUUGUUGGAACACUCAAGCAUUUCAUCGUUUGGGAUAUGGAUCCCGUAGUUUUGUUCAACCCAGCUGUUGAACCUGAAGAAGUAGAAGAUGCGUUCCUCACAAGCAAUCCUUGGACUCUCACUUCCCAAGUUCCUUGGAUGGUCGGCUUUAACGAAAACGAAGGAGCACUCAAACUUGCAGGUUUAACUCAAGGAAAUGUACCGGAAAAGUUCAAAAAACUAAAUGAAGAUUUUGACCAAGUCCUGCCAUUGUCAUUGCUGUAUCAACACACGUCAGGAAAUACCAAGAAAGUGACUAAAGCCAUCAGACAAUUUUACUUCGGGAAAACUGAACGAAUAACAUUGGCUCAUGUUCCUGAAUUAGUUAAGUUAUACACAGACAGCUGGUUCAGUCAUGGAGUUUCUGAGGCUUCUAGAAUGCAUGAUGGACCGGUGUUCUUCUACUACUUUACCUACAACAAUUCAGAAUCAUUUUCACUUUGUAACCACUACUUCGGCAACCCUCAUUUUAUGGGUGUCUGCCAUUUCGAUGAACUUUUGUACUUAUUCCCGAUGGACAGCCACGCUCCCAAGCUAAUAAUUGACAAUCCUGACUAUCAAAUGUCAACAAAGAUGAUUCAGCUGUGGACCAACUUUGCGGAAAAGAGGAUUCCAUUUCUUUAUACAUCAGAAGAUUUCUGGAAGUCAAAGAACGGCUCAAAAGAGGAAUAUUUGGAGAUAUCAGCUGAAGGCUUUAGGUUACAAAGUAACCUUCUGAAAGAAAGAAUUCAGUUUUGGCAAACUCUACCGCUUAGAGGGGAAGCCGUUAGAGAUGAGUUUUAAACAAAAAGGGUGCUAAAUAACAAGACAUUGUGUAAUGGUAAAUAAAAUAUUUGUGAACUGUGAUAAAAUAAAAAUUU